AUGGACAAUCUCGAUCGGAUCCUCAACGAUUUCACCCACCCCACAACGGGGUCCUUGCACGCAGCAGCGUUCAUUGCUGUGGACCAGUCUGGAAACACUAUCUACAGCAAGACCGCUGGCCGGGCACAUCAGGACGAUAAAGAUGAACUGCCAUUAUACUCUCUCUAUUGGAUUGCGUCCAUGACGAAGCUGGUCACGGCUGUCGCUGUGGUGCAACUGGUCGAGCAAGGCAUCCUGUCGCUAGAUGACGACGUGCGUGAGAAAAUGCCGGAGCUCAAAGACAUCCAGAUCCUCCAAGGGAUGGAACACGACGCAUCUCGAGGACCAGCACGGCCAAAGCUGGAUCCCGUUCAGGGGAAGCUGACAUUGCGUCAGCUGCUAUGCCACACCUCCGGGUUCAUCUACGACUCGACGUCGAAGCUCCUCCAAGAGUGGUCCCUGUCCCAAGGUCGGACCGCGUACACCUUCAGCGGCAGCAUGGCCGGCUACCACCACCCGCUCCUUUUCGAACCAGGCACCUCCUGGGGCUACGGCGGCGGCCUCGACUGGGCAGGCCAACUCAUCGAGCGAGUCACCAACUCCACCCUUGAAGACUACAUGCGAGCCCACAUCUGGAGCAAACUAGGCGCCCAAUCCACAACCUUCCACCCAGAGCGGAAGACACAUCUCCCCCCACUCGUCCCAAUGAUGUACCGCAACGGCAUCACCUCAGCACCCACCGAAAAGAGACCACUCACCCUCGUCCAACCAGCCCAGCACGCCCUCGGCGGCGUCGGCCUAUUCAGCACUCCAACCGACUUCUCCAAGCUCCUCGUCUCCAUCCUCCAAUCCAGCACCACCACCACCAACUCCACAGCCAACCAACAGGACCCCAUGACAACCCCCCAACUCCUCACCAAACCCAGCAUCGACCUCCUCUUCCGCCCCCAACUAGACCCCCAAUGCCGCGCAUCAAUGCCCCGACCACUCGGCGCGCAAAUGCGCCGCGUCCUAAACAUCAACGACAUCAAUGACGCCGCACAAGCGGACCAUGCCCUAGGAGGAACCAUCACGCUGAGGGAUAUCCCCGGUCGACGACGAGCGGGAAGUAUGAACUGGAGUGGAUUGCCGAAUUUGCACUGGUGGAUCGACCCCAAAUCAGGCAUCGCCGCAGCGCUCUUCACCCAACUCAUGCCGCCGACAGACGCGAGCGUUACGGAUUUGCUGAUUGAGUUGGAGCGAGCUCUUUACAGCGCUGUUGCUAUUGCUCGGGGGGCGGAGGGGGAUGGGAAGCCUUCUGUUUCGGGAGUGGGUGAUGUGGGUAAUAUGGCGAAGCUAUAG